CUUCCGCUGGCAAGAUGGCGGCUGCAGGGGGUCUCCUGUGGGGCCUGCGCCGCCUGUGUCGCGUGCUACUGUUCCUCUCGCAGUUCUACAUUCUCUCGGGCGGCGGGUCCUUCAGUGUAGAGCCUUCGCAGCCGCUGGCUCAGUCCGACAAGGAUCCGGGCCCCACACGUACGUUCACAGUAGUGCCCAGGGCAGCAGAAAGCACCGAUAUCCCACCUUAUAUGAUGAAGUGUCCGAGCAAUGGUUUGUGUAGCAGACUUCCCGCAGACUGUAUAGAGUGCAAGACCAAUUUCUCCUGUGUCUAUGGGAAGCCUGUCACUUUUGACUGCACAGUCAAACCUUCUGUUACCUGUGUUGAUCAAGACUUCAAAUCCCGAAAGAGCUUUGUCCUCAACAUGACUUGCAGGUUCUGCUGGCAGCUUCCGGAAACCGACUACGAGUGCUCCAGCUCCACCAGCUGCAUGGCAGUGUCCUGCCCGCGGCAGCGCUACACGGCCAACUGCACUGUGCGGGACCAUAUCCACUGCCUGGGUAACCGUACUUUUCCGAAAAUGCUGUACUGCAACUGGACUGGCGGUUAUAAGUGGUCUACUGCUCUGGCUCUGAGAUUUACAGGAAAGUUGCAAAGCUAGAGAGUUCCUGUACACCCUUCACCCAGCUUCCCCCACGUUGUUGACAUCUUAAAUUACCGUGGCACAUUUAAUAGCUGAUUUUUUUAAAAUAAGAAUAAUUUUCUUCUCUGGGCUCAACAUGGUUUCUUUGAGAAUCUUCAUGGUGAAUGUGAUAACGCCUGGUGUUUGCUUCUUGGUACUCGGGGUGGGGGAUUGGAAGGGUGUAGAUGAACCAGGGAUGGACACAUGUUGAUAACUAUUGGAGCUGGGUCAUGGAUACUGUUCUCUUCUUUUUACUUUUAUAUGUUUGGAAUUUUUCAUAAUAAAAACUUUAAAAAAAAUACAAUGAGAAGUUGUCCAAAUAUUGUUAGAUCUUAGAAUUUGAAGGAACCUUAAAAGUCAUUUAUUCUGAACAUGAAAUUUUUAAAGAUGGGUGACUGACAAUGUUCACAACUUGAUCUGGGCAGCCAUGUGGUGUUGGCUGCCUGGCGAUGCCACCUUCGACCACCAUGUUCCUGCACUGUCUGUAGGACUAGCCCCACUUUGCUCUCCUGGAUGUGCCAUUUCAAGGUUAAAAAAGCAACAAGCUCGAUUUUCUUGAAAAGAGAACCAUUAGACUUCAUUACAGCUAAAAAUUGUGUUUACUUUUGACAAUUAAACGGUCUUGUUGCCCAUGAUUGUUUAGUGUUGUACAUUUGUGAGAUAGUCACUGUGUCCUGAUUAAGGGAUCUGGUGAUUUGAGGCCCUUUCCCACAUGUGAGUUAGCGGUUACUGAGGCGCAGUAAUGCAGGUGCAGUCGGGGGGCCGUUGAUGGACUCCAGGCCU